AUGGGAGCGACGUCGGCGCAUGAGGCGGCGUACCUCGAGCAUUGGCGUAAGAUCAGGGUGGCCGAGGAGCGCCGCGACGGCGAGUACCUCGAGAUGCUCGAGCGCGAUCUCGAGGAGGAGCAGCGCCAGGCCGAGGAGGAGGCGCGCCAGCGGCAGCAACCCCCGUCUAGCGGCAAACACUCGCAGAGCCACAAAGGCGGCAGUUUGAAAUUCAAAAAACCGGCACCACCACCGCCCGCCAGCCGAAGCGGGAGAAGGAGCCUCUUCCCCGAGACGUCCACCACGCCCGCGCCCGUCCUCCAUCCUCCCCAGCCGCGCCGCCUCAUGUUGAGCGUCCAGUCCCCCCGCCCCCUGAGGGCUCGCGGCGGCGAUGCGGCGGUGGAACGGGGCAGGGAACUCCGCCGCGAGAGCAAGGUCGGGGCGCGGACGCGCGCCAAGCUGCGGGAGGCGGAGAGCUCGAGGAAGGAGAACGAGGAGCGGGAGCGGCUAGAUGCGGAGGAGGCCGACUACCGAUUCUUCUUGGAGUGGCUUGUUCUUAUUCCUACAUGGUGCAUCAAUCUUAAGGCCUUGUUUGGCAAUGAACUCUUCUACACCAGAAGAUAUCAGGAAGCAGCAGCUCACUAUACCGAAGCUGUGAACAAGAAUCCAAAUGAACCUGCAUCACAUAACAUAUCAUUUAUGAGCUGUCUUGUUUGUUUUACAUUUUACAUCAUUGACUGGAAGGUGUUUAGAAACAGAGCUCAAUGUCACAUCUUUCUGGGAGCUCUGCCCCAAGGUCUGGAAGAUGCAGAAAAAUGUAUUGAGCUGGAUCCUACUUAUUUGAUGGGUUAUCUCUGUAAAGCGAAGGUUCAAGCCCUGAUGCAGAAUUAUCAAAGUGCUAUGGCAACAUACAUAGAGGGUUUGAAGCGUGAUCCAAACAGUACUAUCAUAAUUGAUGGCUUUAAGAGAUGUGUGACAUGCAUUGAGAAGUUUAAAGGCGGUGACGUUGGGAUUGUGGAUUUAGAAGACAUUUUGGGAGAUUGGCAUUCAGACAUUUAUUUGUCUAAUGAACUUCAAAAGUACAUGGAAGAAGUUGCGGUAUUGAAGACAGAAGCUUCUGAUGAGCGCUUGAGGCGGAUGGAAUCUGAACAAACAGCUAGGACAUCAGAGGCAAACCAGGUGCAACGACAGAAAGAAACUGAGGAGCAUCUGUCCAAAAUACAACAAGAGUUGCAACAAGUCAAAGCUCGACAGGAUGAGGUUGCUAAUGAGCUACUGAAAGCUAAUAAGCAUAAUGAACAUGCUCAAAAUCAGCUUUUGGAAUCGAAAAAGUUCCAUAGUGAGGAACUUCAGAAGGCCAACGAGCAUAGUUUGAAUCUGCAACAUCAGCUCACUGAAUCCAAAGAGCGGUGUAAUCAGCUUCAGUCCAAGCAUGAUGUCUUGCUAAAGGAACGAGAUACUGCACUCAAAGAGGUGGAAAAGUUACGCCGGAGAAGCACGGCGAUGCCCUGCCAGUUUUCAUUAGCUGAACUCGAAUGUGCAACAGAAAAUUUCAGUACUUCAAUGAAGUUCAUAGAAUGUGGGGUUGCCUCGACGUACCAAGAUGUCCUCCGGAACAUGAAAGUUGCAAUAAAGGUGCUGAGACACGAUGGUCAAGGACACUCACAGUUUGAACAAGAGGUUGCUAUCCAUAGUAGAGUGAGACACCCCAACCUUGUAACUCUGCUAGGAGCAUGCAAAGAGUCAUCGACGCUUGUCUAUGAGUCCUUGCCAAAUGGUAGCCUUGAAGAUUUUCUUUCAUGCGAGGAUAAGAGGCAAACUCUGACCUGGCAGAUGCGCGUUCGUAUUAUUGCAGAGAUAUGUUCAGCUUUGAUCUUUCUGCAUGAGAACAAACCUGACCCAAUUGUUCAUGGAGAUCUUAAGCCUGCCAACAUCCUCCUUGAUGCUAACUUGGUCAGCAAGCUUAGUGACUUUGGUAUUUCUCAUCUGCUAAUCCAGUCUAAGAGCAAAAAUUCCGACCAUCCUGUGGAGGACCCAACAUACAUGGACCCUGAAUAUCUUGCCACUCGGAAGAUGACACCUCACUGUGAUGUUUAUUCCUUUGGAAUGGUAGUCUUGCGCCUUUUAACAGGACAGCCUCCUGUCGGUAUAAAGAAGAUUGUAGAGGAUGCGAUGAAGCAAGGUGACCUCAAUUCUGUAGUUGAUACCUCAGCCGGAGAGUGGCCUGAUGUGCACAUCCAGCAGUUAGCACACAUUGCUCUCAGUUGCACUGAGCAAAACAGCAGGUACCGUCCUGUUCUUUCAGGCCAGCUCUGGACAGCAGUUGAGACCAUGAGGGAUGUUGCAAUGUUAUCUUCACAGUCAUCUUCAAGUUUGGUGCCAGAGGAAAGCAUCAUACCGUCACACUUCACCUGUUCUAUAUCUCAUGCACUCGUGUGA